AUGAUGAAUCCAGAAAAUCAAGGGCAAUGCCUCAUUAGCACACCACCCCUACAGCAAUUGUCCACAAUGCUCAACAUCUACAACACGCAGUACCCCUUUGACCCAAACAUGCACGUUCCCAACGUCCUGGGAGCACCGACACAGUUCCCGAGCCAACGACUGGUUCAACAGCGCCUUCCGGCGGUGUCAGAACAGAAGCCAGUUUUGGGCCAACAAACAAGGAGCCCGAACCGAAAAAAGAUCCGCCGAUGUCACCCGGUCUGGGAAUACUUCCGGCUGUGGCAGCAGGAAGGGAAGGCGAGACAAUCGGCGACUGCGCACUGCAAAUUAUGCAGAAGGUUCGAGAUCCCCGGCGCGACGUCACAGGCCGCCACCCGCCAUUUGAAGGGCAUGCAUCGGGAGGAGUACUAUAAGCUCUUUGCCGUACCGAUCAAUAACAACAUGAUCACCAACACCGAGCAUCAGCCACUGCGGGCCAAGUUCUCGGGCCUUACCAUCGAGUUCCCAGAUGAGAAGCCGCAAGAGGAGAAGCCGCGCAGCUCGAUCCAGCUCAGCCCAAUCUCCAUGGAAUCCCCUUGGUCCCCACCUCUCCUCAAGAUGGAAGAGCCGCAGCCGGAAGAAGAACAGCGGGCGAACGCGCCGAUGCCGGACCCCAAAUCGCCCCAUGGAUGCUGGAUGCCGGGCUUCGAGGCGAGCCUACAUGGCCUUCCGGGCUACCCAUACUAUACGCCCUUUCAAAGCUAUCCGAUGCUCAACAGCAUGACAAACAUGUUCAAUGCGCAAAAUGCCCAAUACGCACGGGCUGUCAACGUGUUGGGCACCAUUCAGCCGGUUGCGUCCGGAAGUCGCAAGGGAACCGCGACGGAAAAGCGGAAGGUGGCCUCCGCGGUCUGCGAGCAGGAGCGACAACCCGAGCUCGCUUGGUUAACAGCAUGGGCCGCACUACAAGUCCCACCUAGCCGUUAUUCUACUUCCUUGCAAACUAGCGAGAAUGUGCCUCCACGGCCUACGAACGAAUUUGCUCACGAGAUGAACAUUCACAAGGCUUUCGAGAUGGCCAAUUUGCCACCGAUAAAGACCCCACCGACCGUGUUGCCGGCGAGAUCGACCCCCGUGCUGUCGUCGGCCCUUUCGGAGUUGAGCGCCCAGAAAAAACCCGAAAUGGUGGCCGUCACCGUGAAAACUGAACCCGGGUGCGAAGACCGUGAAACUGAAAACCUGCUGAAGAUGUUCACGAAGCAUCAUCAUGGGUUCUACGAAUGCAAUAGAUGCACAUUUUGCGCCUCGUACGACUUGAACGCUUUGCGCGCGCAUCAGGAGACGACGCACCGGGCACAAAACGCCAAGGUAUGCUUA